AUCCUCUGCUCUCGUAGGCAGAUUGGUCUCCUCAUGGGAAAAGAGGGACUGUUUCUUAAAUGAAACGGAGCAACCAUCUGAUACGAAGCUUUAGAAAUUCCGAGGUGUAAAUUGCCAGGCUGUGAGGUUGAAGAUGGUGCAGGACUGCUGAGAGCAAUUUCUGCCUGAGCGAGAUGUGUCUGGAGUGAGAGCCUAAAAGGAAUGAUGUGAGCAAGGAACAUGUGCAGCUGGGAAGCAUCUUGAUGCUUCUGCUGCCCGAGGAAGGGAGCUCUGAAGAAACAUUAGGGAGGAAAAAGCACCUGUGUUGGGCCAGAUAGCUGCUCUGUUCUUGUUCUCAAAAUGCUGUGACCAACACUGCUGCAUUUCCAAGGAUGCAGUCAUGGCAGCAUUUAUGAUGUAAACUGGUGGGCUGUGCAGGUAAGUGCUUGUCCUGUGGAUGGAUCUGAGAGAUCAUCUUAUACAUUUUGAGUGUUUGUGUCCUGGUCUAACCUAAUCACGUUAGUUCUGUACCCGUGUCAUUGUCACUGUAAUGUGGUGGCCCUCUGGUGAGGGAGCUGUGUCUGAAGUGUGCCAAGCCCCAGGAGGAUCUCCGAACCUUUCCUUUCUCAGACCUUGUGGCUUGGUCUCCUGGCUCUAGCAUUGCUUCUCACUUUAUUUCCUUCUCCUUGGAAAAUAGAGCACAAAGGAGAAUCGAAAUCUGCUGCUGCUUGAUAGCGCUCAUCCUCUUCUGGUGUACCGUGUAGUUUGUCUUCCAGUUCCAACAGGAGCCUCUUCUAUCUCUUGUGUGCCUUGUUGUAAGAUGCUCUGAGAUCUUCCCAUCCAGGGAAGGCACUUGUCAAAGGUGCGGAUGUUUUUCUUUCAGCUGUCCACAGCUUAUUCCUGCUGUUCUUUGCUAAUGGUUGUUACGGGUAGGUUGCACAGGGGAGUUGUAUGGCAACAGAUCUUGUUCAUGCUGUAUGCUGGGUCCUUCAGGAGGUGCUGGAGAAGAGAUGUGCUCCCGUGUGUGCAGACAGCCAACACCUGGCCGAUUUUGAAACACUUUGCAAGGAUGAAACCACAUUGUCCACUUCAAUCAGCAAGCAAGGAACAAUUCCCAGAUUGUGAGAAUCCAAGCUCAGGAACUGGAAGAGCUCCCUUGAGGCCUUUGAAAAGGGCUGGCCAAGGACCAGUAAAAUUUGUUCCAAGUUCUGAUUGAUGAUUUCCAUCAAGUACAGUAAGUGCUUAUGGAAAGGCAUGCUCAAUGGGAACAAGAGGUUUCUGCAAGCUGCAGGGGUGAUGACACAAGCCUGUGUUGCUUAUGGGGUGUGCUUGUUUGAGCUUCAGGUUGGGGUGAGCUGCUGGGGCUGGAGGUGCUGCUUUUCCAGGGGAAGGGUUUGCAUUUUAUGAAGCAGCACUCACUGAAGGAUCAAGAGCUGUGUGGUUCAUCAUGCUGAGUGUCACUUUUGGUCACCUGAAGUUGACAGAAUUGUUAUUGUACAAUAAAAAAUAUGAUUUGGCACCUGCAAGAAAUACAGAGAGCUUCAAGAGCUCCAAUAAGCAGGAGAAGGUGAAGAAGCGCUGGCAUGCUUACAAGGGACAGAACGUGGUUCUGCUGAUGUGAGGAGACAGGGAAAGUUGUAUGGCAAUGUGGGAAGUGCUCACAACUGCAAUCCUGAGCGGCGGCAUUCCAGGUCAUGUGCCCAGUGGCAUCACAUCCUGUGCUUCGCAGGACUGGCACGUGACCCAGGGGAGGCUGAGCAGCACCAGGACGGGUGGUGGAGGUGGGGAUGCAGCACUGUGCAUCCAGAGGGCUCACAGGAAGCCGGUGUGGGCAUGGCUGUGCCCUGGGUGGCUGUGCGAGCCUGGAGCCGGCCCUGCUGCUGGGGUCAGUGCGGGUGGGCUGCUGUGGUACAGGACCUGCACACAGCCCUUUUCCUUUGGCUGCGUUCAGCUUGUUCUUGUGUACCUUCGUCUGAGGCGAAUGUCAGAUGUGAUGGGAUGUUGGAUUAGGCUAAAUCUCUGAGAUUUAGCUGGAAUGUUGUCUCGCUGUAGCGUUUUUCUCCCUUGCUCUUUUCUCUAAGGCUUCCCCUACAGACAGCUAAUUCUCCCCUUCCCCCACAUCCUGUCGGACCCCAGAGCAUGUCACAAGGAAUUAGCGGCUGAAAAGGCCAGCGGAGGCUGCUCCUCUGGAACAGGCUCUCCUUUCUGAGCCCGGGCCGGCCCCUCUGUGUGCCCGCUUUGUGUCCCGGCCAGCUCCCCUCCCCCUGGCCAUUCAAUGCAUGCCAGAGCUGAGGCUGGGCCCCGGCACCUUCCCAGCGCUGCUGCCCUGUGCCAUCUUUCGGGGCCCAGGGGCUUCCCGCAGAGCCAGAGAUGUGCCACAGGAGGAGAUGAACCUUCCUUCCCGUCUCCGUGCCGCUGGCAGCGUCGCCCGCUUUCACUCCAGCUCCUUCCCAUAAUUCACAUACAGUCUCCUUAGAAUAGAGAUGAUGUCACUUCCUUCUAGAGGGUGCCGGGGUGUGGAAUGGGGAGUCACGACCCCCCUGGGCUUGGUGGCUCUGGCAGGAUAAAUGAGGUGGCUGCCCAGGAGGGAGGGAGGAGUUGCUCUGAGAACGAUGCCCAGCACUGUGUGCAGACAGGCGCUGUGCUGUGCUCCCCUUUGCUGGCUGGGAUUUUCAGUGACUGCAAGAAGAAUUUGCUGCUCCCUCCCUCACUCAUGAUGCCCGUCUCUGUGGAUCUGCACUUUUCCUGCGACAUCCUUACGGGAGAGAAGAAUACCAAACGGCUAGACCGCAGGCCAUGUAAGAUUUCUGCUUCCAUCCGUCUCACUCUGAGCUGAGAGCAGAGGCUCUGGGCUCCUUGCAUGCAGGGCUUGUGCCUGCAUGCGUUUUCCCCCCCUCGUUUCAGCACUGGGUCUCCUCGCAGCAGGGUGUAGAUUUCAGGGUCUGGGGAAUUUUUCACUCUUUGGGGCAAUUUUGGGAGCACCACAAGGGAUUCUUGGUAUUACAGAAGUAGGGUCAUUGUUCUCAGGGUUGGCUGCACUCUAUCCUUGCACUUUUCUUCCCCUCUCCCUGCUAGAGUCUGAUCUUCAUCUUCUGGAAAUGUAACUCAUGAGUUUAUUCGCAGGAGGGAGGGUGACUUUUUACGUGGGCAUGUAGUGAUGGAACAAGGAUAAAUGUUUUUUAGUUAAAAGAAGGGAGAUUCAGGUUGGGUUUGAGGAGGAAAUUCUUUACCCAGACGGUGUUGAGGCUCUAACACAGGAUGCCCAAAGAAGCUGCGUGUGUCCUAUUUCUGGAGGUACUCAAGGCCAGGCUGAAUGGUGCCCUGUGCAGCCUGAUCUGGUGUGGGGGCAACCAGCCCUCAGCAGGGGUUGGGGAUGGGUGGACUUUGAGAUCUCUUCCAGCCCUAUCAUUCUGUGGUUCUAUGAUCUUUAAGGUCCCUUCCAGCCCAACCCAUUAUAUGUUCUUUGAUCUUUAAGGUCCUUUCCAACCCAACUAUUAUAUGGUUCUGUGGUCUUGUGAUCUGUUGCCCUGGAACGAAGCCAGAAUUCUUAUAGUGACACCAUUGUAGUUUUUUUGUUGUUUAAUUUUGUAGGCUUUACAGUCUGAGGCCUUCUGUCAUCUCCUUUCUGUUCAAAUGGGUGGCAAGGCUUCAGACCUCAAUGUUUAGUUUUUGCACAGGCAGUCUUUGGAAGUGAAUCAUGACUCUUUUUGCAGUGCACGGGUUGCUCAGUUAGCACACAGUGAUGAGUGGCAGCCCUGUGCCCAUUUCUUGGUGUUGCAGGGUUGGUGGUGGUGAGACUGGGAAUCUCCAGAUGGCCAGAGGAGCGAGGAGUUUGAAAGCAGAGCUGCAGCGUACCGAGUGCUCUGAAUAUUUUGUGCUAAGGAAAUGCUAAUCCAACUAAUGUUGUAAUUUCACAUGUGCUGUGUGUGUGGAAUGGAGCGUUUCCUUCACCCAAGUGAAGUACGAGCUGAAGUGUCAGCCUGUUUGCUGUGUAAAGGACUGCCGUUUGCAGGAAUCAGGCAGGUUUUCAGUGCUUGGUAUGGGAACAGAUAGGUAGCACAGCAGGUUUUAGGGUGGUCAGCACAGCAGGUAAGGGGAGGGUUACUACAUGUGACUGGUGAAUGAUUUGGUAGGAUGAGGAUGCUUCCAUAACUGCAGCACUUGGUGCUGUGACAGACUGGGCUCCGUCACAAACCCAGCACCUGUGUUACUUUGAGGGUUCGAAUGACCUAAGUGUGAUCUUGUGAUUCGUCCUGGUUUUUACACCUACAGACGUGUGCAAGUUGAGUUUUUGGUGUGGUUUGUGAGGCGUGUGGUGGCUGUGGGCAAACAGGCCGUAGAUAAGAUAAAGGAAAUCAGAAGUUGACAAAACCUCUGCAGAUGAGGGUUGAAGUGUGUUGUGCCAGAAAUGCAGAAGGGAGAUAAGGUGCACUGCAGGGAUGCACAGAGCUGGUCUGACCCCAGGGACUUGGGUUGGAGCAGAUUGGAGCAUGCACAGCAGCUCUGAAACAGUGUGGGAAAGCUGUGCUGGAGGAGGUAGCUGGGUAGCCCUGCAGUCUUGUGACUUCUACCACUGCUGUUUCUUUUUUUAAAAAGGAUUUGUGUAGCUUUAGAAACAGGAGCACAAACAAAACGUGGGGAAGAACAGCCAGCCCCUCAAUCUUCAACCUUUUUUAAUUGUCAGGGCCAGUGUGAGCACAAAGGAGAUGUGGAGCUGGCAGGAUUCUUCUGCGCAACUUGUGGCUAAGUGAGAGAUCACCUGGGAGUUUGCUCCCUCGGCUGUAAGUGCUUUCUGCUGGGAGCCAGUCAAUAGCUUCCCCAGAUGCUGCUAACUGCUAAUGGGGAUUUGGCUUGCUGAGCCCUGUGAGGACUGUCAGUGCUGGACACGAGAAGGGGAUGGCAGCAGGCAUGCCUUUGGAAGGACGUGGUAAUGGGACUUUUUUGGGGACUGAGAGCGCUGUAACUUGUCCAAAGCAGCUGACCUGUUUCUGACACGUGGUCCUAACAGGAUUCCUGUUAAUCUCAAGAAGUGGAGCUGAGUGAGUGGCAGUUGUGUGCGGCGAGUUACAUACCUGCUUCACCCAACACUUGUCACUCUUCAGACAGCACCUUCCUCUCCUGCACUCUCCUUUUCGAGCGUGCCAUGCCUCCCAGUGCUGGGAGGAGGAAGCUCUGCCAUCUUGGGUGUCAAGUAGGUUAGCUCAGAUGUAGGCCUUCUGCUGACCUGUGGCUGUGGGGCUCUGUCGCAGGGGUGAGGAAGGUCAACAGUGUCUUUGCUUCUUUUCUCUUCUAGGAGGUGAGCAUCGUGCCUGCUGACCUUUCUCAGACCCGCUAGCCAUGCCAGGGAUUGUCGUGUUCCGCCGUCGCUGGUCUGUGGGCAGCGAUGACCUCGUUUUGCCAGCAGUCUUCCUCUUCCUCCUGCAUACCACCUGGUUUGUGAUCCUCUCCGUGGUGCUCUUUGGGCUGGUGUACAACCCCAAUGAGACCUGCUCGCUGAACCUGGUGGACCAUGGCAGAGGCUACCUAGGCAUCCUGCUCAGCUGUAUGAUCGCAGAGAUGGCAAUCAUCUGGCUCAGCAUGCGAGGCAGCAUCCUGUACACUGAGCCCCGAGACUCCAUGCAGUAUGUGCUCUAUGUCAGACUGGCUAUCUUGGUGAUUGAGUUUGUGUAUGCUAUUGUGGGCAUCAUUUGGCUAACGCAGUACUACACUUCCUGCAAUGAUAUCACCGCAAAGAGUGUCACUUUGGGAAUGGUGGUGUGCAACUGGGUUGUCAUCCUGAGUGUCUGCAUCACCGUCCUGUGCGUCUUCGACCCGACAGGCCGGACCUUUGUCAAACUGCGGGCCACAAAGCGGAGGCAGCGCAACCUGCGGACCUACAACCUGCGACACCGCCUGGAGGAAGGGCAGGCCAGCAGCUGGACACGCCGCCUCAAGGUUUUUCUUUGCUGCACACGGACAAAGGACUCUCAGUCGGAUGCCUACUCUGAAAUCGCCUACCUUUUCGCUGAGUUCUUCCGAGACCUUGACAUCGUCCCAUCUGACAUCAUUGCAGGCCUGGUUCUUCUGCGCCAACGGCAGCGGGCAAAGCGCAACGCCGUGCUGGAUGAGGCAAACAAUGACAUUUUAGCUUUUCUGUCUGGGAUGCCAGUGACCAGGAACACAAAGUAUCUGGAUCUGAAAAAUGCGCAAGAGAUGCAGCGAUACAAAGAGGUGUGUUACUACAUGCUGUUUGCCCUGGCUGCCUAUGGCUGGCCCAUAUACCUGAUGAGGAAGCCCACAUGUGGACUCUGUCACCUGGCCAGAUCCUGCUCGUGUUGCUGUCUCUGUCCCUCACGUCCCCGCUAUGCACCCAGUGUCACCAUUGAAGAGGAUAAUUGCUGUGGCUGCAAUGCCAUUGCCAUCCGGCGCCACUUCUUGGAUGAGAACAUGACCUCGGUGGACAUUGUUUACACUUCUUGCCACGAUGCGGUUUAUGAAACUCCUUUUUACGUGGCUGUGGACCAUGAGAAGAAGAAGGUGGUCAUUAGUAUCCGAGGAACUCUGUCUCCAAAAGGAAUGGUGCUAUCUGCUGAGUACAUCAAGAAGAAACUGGAGCAAGAGAUGGUGCUUUCUCAAGCCUUCGGACGAGACUUGGGGAGAGGAACAAAACACUAUGGCCUGAUUGUGGUUGGCCAUUCCCUAGGGGCUGGCACAGCUGCCAUCCUGUCCUUCCUCUUGCGUCCGCAGUACCCAUCACUGAAGUGCUUUGCUUAUUCUCCCCCUGGUGGGCUGCUGAGUGAGGAUGCCAUGGAAUAUUCAAAAGAGUUUGUGACUGCAGUCGUGCUUGGCAAAGAUCUAGUGCCCAGAAUUGGUCUCUCUCAGCUGGAGGGAUUUCGCAGGCAGCUUCUGGAUGUUCUUCAGAGAAGUAACAAACCAAAGGUGAGAAUGAGGAUGAGCAGAUUCUCGAAGUGGCGGAUCAUUGUGGGUGCUACCAAGUGCAUACCCAAGUCAGAGCUUCCUGAAGAGGCUGAGGAGAACUCGGUAACGAGCAACCGCCUCUGGACCCACCCCAGUGAUCUGACCAUCGCCCUGUCUGCCAGCACACCGCUCUACCCACCUGGCCGCAUCAUCCAUGUGGUGCACAAUCAUCCCGCAGAGCAGUGCUGUUGCUGUGAGCAAGAGGAUCCCACUUACUUUGCUAUCUGGGGUGACAAUAAGGCAUUUAAUGAAGUGAUCAUCUCACCAGCAAUGUUGCACGAACACCUCCCAUAUGUGGUCAUGGAAGGGCUCAACAAGGUCUUAGAGAAUUACAACAAGGGGAAAACAGCCUUACUUUCUGCAGCGAAAGUGAUGGUGAGCCCUACAGAAGUGGAUCUCACUCCAGAGUUGAUCUUCCAGAGCCAGCCCUUGCCUAGUGGACCCUCUGUGCAGAUUGGAACUGGAGCCCUAACAGCAGACAGAAGGAACAGCAGUACAAAGAGCAAGUCCCAUUCUGAAAUCAGCUUGGAGGGGUUUUAUGAGACAAAGCCACUUUCUCCUGUGCAGAAAGACCCUGUGGAGCUUCUUCUCCUGGACACAAAGGAACGUCUGUCUGUGGAGCUGCAGGACCGCCGUGCCCCUCUGGCGACCAUGGAGAGCCUCUCUGACAACGAAUCCAUCUACAGCUUCGAUUCGAGGCGCUCCUCUGGUUUUCGGAGCAUCCGAGGCUCCCCCAGCCUCCACGCUGUCAUGGAGAAGGAUGAGAUGCACUGCUUUUAUAUAGACCCCGCUAUCCCUGAGGAGAACCCCUCCCUCAGCUCUCGGACAGAGCUGCUGGCUGCUGAUAGCCUCUCCAAGCACUCCCAGGAGACUCAGGCUCCCGACAACGCACUCAACAGCGGUGGCACCACCCCUCAGCGGCGCUGCAGUGAGGAAGGGGCCAGCAGCGAGGGGGACCGCGUUUCCUUAGCCCCUCGUGAGGAGCUGUCCCUCCAGAAUGGACGGCUCACCGAUGUCCCCAGUCCGCAGGUGCUGGAAUUUGCUGAGUUCAUAGACAGCCUCUUUAAUUUGGAUAGCAAAAGCAGCUCUUUCCAGGACAUCUACUGCAUGAUGGUAUCAGAUAGCUCCAGUGACUUUGUGGAGAUGCCCAAGUCUGUUAGUGAUCAGGAGAUCCUGAUGAGAGCACAGUAUGAACCCAACUUAGUCCCAAAGCCCCCGAGGUUGUUUGCAGGCUCAACAGAUCCUUCGUCGGGCAUCUCUGUCUCACCUUCCUUCCCCCUUAGUUCAUCUGGAGAGCUCAUGGACAUCACUCCCACAGGCGUGAGCAGCCAGGAGUGCUUGGCCACUGACAAAAUCCGGACUUCCACCCCCACUGGGCACGUAACCAGCCCUGCCAAGCAGGAGGACCUCAUGAUUUCGGCCCUCUAGUGCAGGGUAAAGGGGUGCGGCUCUGAGAGCUGAUCCCAUAGGCUGAGUGCUGGGAUAAUACUCGGAGAGGAGGUGGUCGUCAGGCAGUUGGAAUUGGUGGAGACAGCUGGAAACAUUCCUUCUGGGGUGACACGGUGGUGGCACGCCGUCUGGAGGAUGGAUUGUGCUCGAGUACCAUGCUUAUUGCUGGGAGAAGCAUUGCCUCACAAGGCCUGCUACACUGAGAGGGUCUGAGUCACUAAAGGUAGAUGCAAGUUCCCUACCUCAGCCUGUCUCAUUCCAUGUAAGAGGCAGAUUCCUUGCCCCAGGGCACCUGCUGAGUUUGGGAGUGAGAUACCCUGCUCCAGGGAAUUCUCAAGGGCAAAGGGGUAGAAGUUUGAGAGUUGGAUAGACAGAAGCAAGGGGGGCAGGCCAGAUUCCUGCCUCUCCCCUCCCUUGGUAACAUUUCAGUGGUUUUGGAAAUGAACGGAUUGAGACUUUGGGCCCUGUUGCACUACCAUGUCAGAUCUGGCCCAAGAUCCAAUUCGUCACACUUCCAUGGGGAUUGCCUUCCUGGGACACUCUCCUCUUUUAAAGCCAUUGGGGCUGUAUUCUCCCCAAAUGCAGUCUCCCCUUCCCUGGCCAGGUGCAGCAAGAAUUGGGCUGGCACUGUAUUAUCUCUCCCCUGAGUACUUCUGUGUUCAAUGACUGCCAGGCUGCUCCUGAGAGGAACGGAAACUGCUCUGAAAAGCCCAAAGCCCUCUGCCAUGUCUCUCCUUCACCAGAAAAGGUUCUCCUGGACAUCACCGUCAUCACUCGGUGGCCUGGACUGCUCUGAGCUGGCGAUGCUUCUGCAGGACUGACAGCAUUCUCAUCUCAGAGCUGCACGGAUGGAUCGACUUAAAGAUUCACAUGGCUCGUCGACACCCAGCGUUGCUUCCUAGGCACUCUAGGAUCCCCUCCUGGACCCUGCCAGGUCCUCAUGCUACCCAUAUGCAGUCAUCACAGAUCAGUGCCAGCCGCUGUCAUUGAGAGUUCAGGGAAAAGAUGAACUUUUACUAAGUAUUGGAACCUCUUGUAUGUUUACAAAGCUGCUGAGCUUUCGGAAAGUAUUUAUUAAGCAAACAGGGAGGCUCUCUCUAGGCAAAAAGUAUAUUCGUUCUCUCCUCCCUGCGCCAUUCCCUCUGGAGGCUGAGGGGAGAGAGGGUAAACAGGUAUGCUCACAAAUCUCCUGCUUUAGAAGCAGGGUGGAGUGAUGGGGGGGCGUUUGGCUCUGAGUCUGGGGGGAGCUGAGUCUCUCGCCCGUUCUCCCUGAUGCACAAUGUGUGACAAAGCUCAACCAAGUCAUUAGUGGGAGUACCUAGUGCUGCUGUGCAGAGCCUCCAUGCCCAGAGGAGCCUGCUGGAGCUACCCAAGUAGGGUAUCUCCAUGGUUUGAAGCAGGAAAGAAAUUACCAAUCUAGAAAGUUGAACAUACUGUGACCUUGUGCAGUCCUUUAACUAACAGAAUGUUUUCAGCGGAGUUACCAAUGCAGUCUCAUUGGAGCUGUGUCCUCCCUCACUGGAAAAGAAAUUCCUCUUCUAACUUCCUUCUAACACUAGGGAUGUGACUCCCUCCUCCUUAGCUGUGGUAUUACCAAUGUAGGAAGAUGCUGCGCUUCCCAGGAGCUUGGUUUGCAACAGUUCCUGGGCUCCUGUGUUCCCUUAGGCUCUGGCUGUGCUCACCAGCAGCCCUGGUCAUGGCUCAGGACUGUGCUGCCCUGGAUGCAGCACAGGGAGCACAGCGGUGUCAAAUACUGUCACAUCAGAGCAGGAGCACUUUAUAGCUGCUGUGUGUUGAUGUCAGUAACUUCAGGUGCACAGAAAUGAACUGGACUUUGUCCAAGUGCUGCUCUCCUGCUCCAUUUCGUGUAGGAUUCUGUAUCCCCCUGCUCUUUAAAAAUUACAGGGCCCUUAGAAAUGCAGGGCUUUUGUUCAAAUGGGCAGUAAAAUGUUGUCCCUGUGCGUUAGAUCCCAGAGGGGACCUUUUCUAUACAGUCUUGAUUUGGUGGGAAGAACCCCUCUGAAUUAGCUGUAAUCUGUAAAAGAUAAAAAAAACACUUUGUUCCGAGCAACAAGUUGUUUGUUUUGCUAGUCCUUCAGAACACAGAAGUGUUCCCCUUGCUGGGAGGUGAUGGCUCAGGAGCUCAUACAGACAGCUGUGUAAGUGCCAUCAGAUCAUCCACCAUUGCAGACCACAGGGGAAGGCUGACUUGUGCAGGUAGUCAAGAAGCACUGCAAGGGUGAUGUCCAGAAAUGGGCACAUGGGUAGCUGUGAGGGGAAAGGGAGCUGAAGCACAGGGAGCCUGAGGCUAGCAGGCUAGCUCACCUCCUGGUGCAGACUGCUGCCAUGCACAUACAGUGGGGAAAGGACUUUGCUUCUGCCUUUAGUUGUUGGCAGAAAGUGGGUAGUAAAAACACUUAGCACUUCGGCAGAGCUUUAUAUCUGCAAAGCACUUUACAAACAUGAAGAAAAGAAUCACCUCUGUCCCUGGCAGCGAGCUAUUAGGAGAUGUCUCUUUGAGACUGGGUGGAACUACUGGUGCCCUAUCUGAGGGAUGGUGAGGAGAUGAUGCAAGCUGAGAAAGGUGGAUAACUUCCCUCUUAAGAACAAGUUGUUUCACUAGUGACCCGAUGCUGAACGGCUCACAGUAUUGCACUAGAAAGUCACUUCUGACCUGGAUACCUCCCAUAUGUCCUGGAAAACAAUCAUGGUGUGACUGUUUCGUUCUCUGUGCCAUUGGAACUGUGUCCUUAGGGAAUGGGAUGACCUUGCCCUGACCAGCUGUAGCAGGAGACAGCCUGGCAUGCUGCAUUUUUUUUUUUUUUUGCUCUGUGCUCUGUGAUUAUUGGGCUUCUCUGAAAAGCCUGGAAAUGCCUCACAUUUGUGACCUGGCCUUGCCAUAGACCAAGUCAAGGAGCAAAAGAGCCCUUCUGGUUAACGUUCUGACUGUAUUGCAUUAUGGGUGAUUCCUGUUUUUCCAUUGCUCUGUUGACAAACAGAUCUGUUCCCAGUCCUCACGAAAAGUCCUCACUGAGUAAAUCCACAUUCUUUGCAUUAUUCCUGCUUUCAGUGUCUGAGUGUCUUCAUUCUUAUCACUGCCAUGCUGCAGGAGCCUCUGGACAGGCUGGUCUCCUGUUCUGUCCUGGCAAAGUUGCAGACACAUCCUAAAUCUGUAGCUACAUCACUCAUACGUACUGCAUACUAUUCUUGCUUUCUCUGCCCUCGCUCUGCUCUGACACACAGCUGUCUUUGGAAACUUGAAGCUGCUUCUGAUUUCUUAAUCUCUCAGCUUCUGGGUCCUGCCCUUAAGCUUUGUGCCUCUUGGAGUUUGUGCCUUCCACUGAUGUUUCAGUGGGAUGUCCCACUGCGUGUGGAGGCAGUGCUGGGAGAGCGGUUCGUGGUGCAAUAGCACAUCCUCAAAUCUUCUGUCAGAUUUGCUGGUGCAGGUGUGAAGCUAAGACCACUAAUGUCCAGCCCUGGAACAUCCCCUGCCCCUGUCCUGAAGGUGUUCACAGGAUGCAAGGUAUUUGUCAUCUGUUUUUACAGCCACAGGCUGCCCUCCAACCCAUGGAAGUGAGUUGAAGGAGGCCUCUUUGAUAAUAUUACAGCGAGUUUUGAUAAUCGAGCCCUUUGCACGUAGUGCUGGCUGAAUUAGGAGGCUCUUCUGCGUGAAUAGCAAUUGCUCUUAUUGUUUUAAUCACAGCAGUACCAACAAAGCAAGGUCCUGCUGUGCGAGUAUGCAGAAGUGCUAAACAGAAAGGCAGCUCUUCCCCAGAGCCUCACAUUAUGCCCUGUCCUCCACAGAGCUUCACGUGCGUUUUCUGUAGAGCUGAUGUUCCCUCAUCUCUGUGCUCCCUAUUCCUGUUGCCAGGAGCUACCUCAUUUCUUGGUUACCAUCUCAGGAUGAUGGGGUGUCUUUGUGUGCAUCCUGGGUAGCAUUACCUAAAAAGCUGUCCCUGCAGAUCUUGAGGUGACCCAAAACACAGGUGAAUGGGAUUCCUGAUGCUGUGCAUCAUCCCUGGAUUCCUGUCUUGCUGCACUUCUGUGGCAGAUAAAGCUAUCAAGAAAGGUCAAAGUACUUUUGACACCAGGAGGCUUGGCAGAUGCAUCUCGGCAUCUGUGGCUUUUGCUUACCUGGUUUUUGAUCAAUAUUUUCAGUGUUCAUUCAUAAUUUCUGCAACCUUAAGAACUGUUCAAACCACACAGGAGUUUUCUGAGAUGUUUUGCUUGCUACAGAGGACUGAGGUGGCAAAGCUAGUAGUGAGCAUAGACAUAUAAAUCCAGUGAUCCCUGCUUAUUUGCUUUUAGGAUGUUGUUAGCUGAAGAUCCCAAGCAGGAGCAGGACUGAACUGCUGCUGUCAGUGGACAAGGGCACCUGGAGGGGAAGAGCACCGAGGUUAUGUGUUCCUUGGGGACUGUGUGCUCCUCGGAGAUUCUCCUGCUAUGGCAAUCUCUCUUGGCACAUGGUCUCCAGCAGAGGAAACAGAACACAGCUGUUCUGUGUGAAGCCCACGGAACUGGGUGAACAUGGUACUGCUUGGGUUAUUUGACUUUACCAGGUGUCUUUUUGAUUUGUCGUUGCUCCAGGUUCAGUGAUCCCAGCCUCAACGUGCUCUAAAGCUUCUUGUUUUUGAUUAAUACUGCUUCCCUCUUUUAGUCCCUGCUGCAGCCUGUUUUCAGGCUGGCUGAUGAGAUCUGUGCUGUUGAUUUGUAAAAUACUUCUUUUUCAUAUAUUCUUUAUGCACUUACCUCCUAUUAAUUGCUGCCAAAUUGUGCGUGCCAGCAUGUUUAGAGCUUUCCUUUCACAGCUGUUUCCCUACGGGGAGGACUGGGAUAAGGCAGCUCAGUCUUUACCAGCCCCAAAUCCACAUUUUUUUUGUCCCUUGUCAUUGUAUUGGCACCCUGCUGCUUGCCCCUUUCCUAGUAUCCAAACAGGAUGCACGUUACCCUGUCUAUGCAAGCAGUGCCUGGGUUCCUCUAUGUGUUUUACAAUUGAAUAAAUGUGUGUCUAGGUACAGAGAAACUUGCUGGGGUGUCUUUAUCUGAGUUUAUCUAGUGAGCUACAAGCUCCUGCUUGCUUCUGCUGGGUGUCAUGUGCACACAUGAGUGCUGCACACAUUCACCAGUGCUGGCCAUAUCAAAAUCUCCCAAGGACAUUUAAGAUCACUUCUAGCCCCAACAAACCCAUCAGCUUUGCCAUUUGCUUAAUUACAGAAUGAUAUAAUUGGGUUGGAAGGGAUCUUAAAGAACAUCUAGUUCAGCCCUCUUGGUGAGGGAGCUUAAAAGCUCUUCCAGCUUUCCUCCCGUCUGUAGCAUUGCACUUCUUUCUGCUUAGACAGUUGAAGUCUGAGAUCCCCUCCAUGCAGUCACUUGUUUCUGAUCCCUUCUUCUCUUUCAGUUCACCCCACCAAAUGUGGAUUUUUGCCGAGCUGUUUUUUAACUAUUCUGCUGCCAACAGAACUCCUCUGCGCUUUAGGAAGCCCGCAGAUGAAUUGUGUGAUCCUCUUUCUAGUUGACAAAGCUUAGGGUGGGUAAAUUUUUGUUGGCUGAAUUCUUCCUUGGUAGCUCUAGAGAAGUAAUACGUUAAAGAAGUACAAAGAGGUGGAAGGAAAAUGAGUAGAAUAGCUGACACUUUGAACCUAAAAGCUCACAUUUAGAAGAGAGAUUUGCUUCCUGGCAGGUGAGGUGUCAGUUUCAGAGCUGGAUUUAGGCAAGAAGUGCAUCUCUUGUGCCAAAGCUCCCCCUCAUGGUGCUGCCGCAUUGAGGAGGCUGUGCUCCAUGUCGAAGGGGAAGUGUGAGAGGUGCCAGUGCUCAAGCAAUACCCUUUCCCCCUUGCUAGAUCAGGAGUGAGCAGUGUUCCCUCCCAGGGGCAGUCCGUGCCCCUGGGAGGCCUGCAGUUCCAGCUGAGAGUAGGGCCUUUGCUGCCCAGCCAAGUGAGUCUUACACCUGGGAGAGGGGCAGAGCCCAGAGCCAAAGCUGUUUCACUUGUAAGAUGUUGUUAGGAUGGAGAACUGUUUUACAGAGAAGGUCAGUAGCCUGCAGUCUGCUCUGCAGAGCAGCAGUGCUGCUGACUUGCUUGUGUGGCUGCCAAACUUCGACUCUUUUCUUCACCAUCUCCCUACUGUAUCUGUGCCUAGCACUUCCCUAGCCUUCACUCUUCGUGUAGCAUGGGUGGAUGCUGCCAGCCUCAGCUUUGCCUGCUGCAGGCAUUGCACAUUGGGUGUGUGAAACAGUUGAGGAGCAGUUCCUUGUAAUUCAUAGCACUUUGCACUCCUGAAAAGCACCAGGAAACUUACACUGCUGUCUACAAGCACUUAGCUAUCUUCAUGGUUGAUUUUGCUUGUUUUCUUGUGCCUUCUGUUUUCCAUUGGCUUGAUGUCCUGCUUGGGGUCAGGCAUCUGCCGGCUUCCUCUUCUGCUCUGCAUGGUUUCUUCUCUGGCUGUAUGAGUGGAGAUGUGGCAUGGCCAAGGACUGUGCUACAGGUACCCCUCUCUCUGGACUUGUCACGCUUCCCAUUGUCCCCUGCACCCUCACAUUGUCUCCAAGUGCCAACAGCAAAGCCUGACAAGCGACGUUUUCUUUUCCCCACACUGCCCUUAAUCUGUGGCCCCUCAGUUCUGGAUCCUCCUCUUGGGCAAAACAGGUGUUUCCUGUGCAGUAGGAGGGGAAGGUUUCUCAGCAUUUCUUUCCUUUGGUUUAUGUGACCUCAAGUGUGUUUGGAAGUUCCUCUAAGCUCUAUCCACGGGUAAAUCUCCUCUGCUCAAGAUCUGACCCGUUUUUGCAAGGACUGAUGCUGAAAGGGACAUAACACGUUCUGAGCUGCCCCGUGCAGUUCUGAUUUUACUGACGUUCCCAGGCUGGUUCUGGAACAGCCAUCUCCCAGAGGUAAGUGUCUCUCUUUGGAGAUCUGGGCAUUUUUGCAGCUCUCAUUGCUCUGUAUGAGUCCUGACCUCAUCACCUCAUUCUGUGCUUUGUUUUUCAUUUAUGGAAGCUCCCCACCCACCCAGCACAUCCGUACGAUGAAGGGACCUUUAUCUGGCUCCUUAUUCCUGCAAAACCAUUAAACACAGCAGCACAGAAACAAGCAUCUUUCUUUUUUGAAAUGGGGAUCCUACUGCCUUGCUUCCCAUCCCUUUGUGCAGUUCUGAUGGCUCAGAGUCGGAGGUACCCGGUGCACGUGGCAAUACCGAAGCAAGGUGUAUUUGCUAGCUCACUGCCACACACAUUUCUGGGGUUUUCUCUCCUUUAUCAGCAUCCCCAUAGUGCUCACUGGCCGCUGUCUGCUGGCCCAGGGGCAGCUGCUGAACCUGCAGCUUCCUAGCUUUCCUCCGCAGGCACUGCAGCGCUGGAGGUGAUGCCCAGAUAACGGUCUCAAGCUCGUUCCUGUCUCAGCGAUAAACCUCGCUUGUGUCAGCACGGCGCCUGCACUCAUGGCGUGGUACCAGAGGGGCUCUUUACCCUCAAGCCCCCUCUGUUAGCUCAGCUGUUGCUGCGCUGUCGUGCUGCGAUGGCCACUUCUUACACCUCUGCUCCAUCUCAGCUGAACCAGAGGAGCCGUGGGAAGCUAUUUCCCUUCUCCCCGUGUUGUUCAGUGCCAGCUGUGUUGCUGCAGUCCAGCUGCAGUCCAGCUGCGUGGCCUGUUUGUUGGUGGGGGCUCCACGCAGCGUGGCAGAUGGUGAUUUCUUUGCCUCCCCCUACCCUCUGUGUCAGCAGACGCCGAUGCCUCUAUGGAAAAAGUCACCUGUGUCACACCCUGUGACAGCUCAUACUAGGGUGGCUAUGAGUUUGCUCUUUGAUCCCAGUUGCCUCUUUAGAGGUAAUGCCUUUCAUGCUUAUGUGUAGAACGGCCCUUCUAGGGAGCUUUCUGCAGGACUCGGGGCACUUAUGUAUGCAGUCAGGGGGGAAAACAGCACAGGAUCCUGUGUUCCCAUGCUCAGCUGAGAGAUCACUGCCUGUCCCAGCAAUGCUGCCCUCUGGAUCCCUGCUCCGAGCUGCCCCAGCAUGAAGACUACAAGGAAACUAAAGCACUCUUCAUGUGCCAUUCUCACUUGACUUUUUGUACGUAUGUAUGAAAGUUCUAAACUAAUAUUGCUGUAAAGAAAGAUACAGAUUAAUAUAGCAUAUUAUAUAAAGA